UUACAUGUUGUUUACCAAGAAGUGAUCAGACUUUAUCGAACUAAAAAAGUGCUAUUAUUUUCUCUUUCUGAAACAAACACUUGAAGAAUGGAUUCCACAUACUUAUAUUAUGAUAGAAUCAUUGCAUUGGGAACUUAGAUUGGAAACAACUGAGCUUGUUGUUUGGCCAACUUGCUACUAUUAUUUUGAAGAUCUUUCAUUAUGAGGACUGUUCCUAAAUGGGUAAACAAAAUUCACGAAGCUGAUAAAAUUGAAUUCUCAAGUGUCCACACAAUAUGCUUCAGUCCAGACGGCACUCAACUCAUAGUUGGCGCAGGAGAGAAGGUGAUGGUGUAUGACCCAAGAGACGGAGCACUUGUUCAACUACUCCAAGCACAUAAAGGACCAGUGUAUGCAGUUGCAUAUUGUAAUGAUGGCAAAAAAUUUGCAAGUGGCAGUGCUGACAAAAAUGUCAUUAUAUGGACCUCUAAGAUGGAGGGUAUACUUAAAUAUUCGCACAGCGACGCAAUCCAAUGUUUGGCUUAUAAUCCAGUGACAUACCACUUGGCUUCAUGUGCUCUCUCGGACUUUGCGUUUUGGUCAGCGGAUGUAAAAGCAGUCCAGAAGUAUAGAGUGCCGGGUCGCAUCACAUGCUGCUCGUGGGAACCUUCAGGGCAGCAUUUAGCUAUCGGCCUGGCCAAUGGGGGUGUUUCUGUUCGCAGUAAGUUAGGCGAUGAAAUACAAAGAAUAGUUAGGGAUGCUCCAGUGUGGGCUGUUGCUUUCUCCAAGUCAACCCUUCUAGUCACAGAUUGGAAUGACACUCUCUCCUUCUACAACACGCAGGGUCAACAAGUUUUAAAGGAAAGAAACAUAGGUCUGUCAGCAGUAUCAAUAUCCAUACUCGGAGCGCUAGUUUUAGUAGGCGGAGUGGGCGGCUGGGCCGUGUUGACUUCCGAAGGUGUGUCAAUACUCACAACGCCACUGGAAUGGGUCUGGUCGAUUGCACCAUCACCUACCUUCAAUACUAUGGCAGUAGCAUGUCAAGACGGGACGCUGUGGUGUUUCCAAAUAGUUUUCAACACAGUGCACGGGCUAUACCGUGAGCGUUACGCGUACAGAGAAAAUAUGACGGACGUAAUCAUCCAGCAUUUGACCACCGGCAACAAAGUUCGGAUAAAGUGCCAUGACAGAGUGCAGAAGAUAGCUAUUUAUAAGCAUCGUUUGGCAGUCCAACUGCCAGAACGUGUAGUGGUUUACGAACAAGGCGAUCUGGAUGGCAUGCUUUACAAAGUAAAGGAGAAAAUCGUGCAGAAGAACGAGUGUUCACUGUUAGUUGCCACUAGCGAUGCGUUGCUACUGUGUCAAGACACGAAGCUGGCAGUGAUAGGUGUAAAGAUACCCAAGUCCUGGACGGUUCCAGCCCCCAUACGCUACGUCAAAGUUACAACAUUAUACUUCCAGGAGGUUUUACUUCUUGGAUUGAUGAAUGGCCAAAUCUGGCAAGUAGAGCCGAGCACCGGUGUAGCGAAAGUGAUAAUGCAAGGUCCGGGCAGUAUACGGUGCCUUGAUGUUAGCGCGUCGCGUAGUCGCCUCGCAGUCGUCGACGAGACAUCCGUGUGUCGCGUCUACAGCCUGCCGAAUGGAGAACUUAUGUAUUCGGAAGAUAAUGUGUCGUCGGUAUCUUGGAACUCAUGGUGUGACGAAUUGCUUUGCCUAUCGGGCGCCGGAGUGCUAUCUAUCAAGGCGGGACACUUCCCAUCCGCGACACAGCCUCUCACCGGAUCAGUUGUUGGCUUUCAGGGUGGUCGAGUGUUUUGUCUACAAUCAAGUUCAAUGCAAACAAUAAAUGUGCCGCUGUCGCAUGCUGUACAUCAAUAUGUUCAACAAAAAAUGUUCAACGAAGCAUAUGCUGUAGCAUGUCUCGGUGUCACAGCUUUGGACUGGGAGCGCUUGGGCACUGCAGCGCUGGAGGAAUUGUCCUUUGAAGUCGCGCGCAAGGCUUUUCAGCGCAGCGAAAACAUUGUGUUCCUUACUCUCAUUGACCAAGUGCAGGAGCGUUUCGAGAACGGCGAGAAACGCGCGGUUAUCGUGGGCGACGUGUUGGCGUACAGCGGGCGGUACGCAGACGCGGCGCGCUCGUUCCACAGCGCGGCCCGCGACGACCGUGCGCUCGCCCUUUUCCUCGACCUGCGCAUGUUCAACAAAGCACAGGAAUAUGUGGGUGAAGGCGAAGGCGUGACGAAGCUGGCGCGGCAGAGGGCGGAGUGGGCCCGGCGCGUGAACGAGCCGCGCGCCGCCGCCGAGAUGUACCUGGCCGCCGGGGACGUGAAGCGCGCCGCGAGACUGCUCGCGGAGUGCGGGCGGAAGGACAUGUUGAUAGAAUUGGCGCGGAAAAUGGAUAAAGGCUCGAGCGAAUCUCUCCGCCACUUGGCGGAAGCGUUAGUGGCGGUAGGCGAAUAUCCCACCGCGGGAGACGUGUACCAAAGAUUGGGAGAUUCCAAGAAGGUCGCGCAAUUGGCCGUGGCAGCCGGCGAGUGGUCGCGCGCGUUCGCACUGGCCCGCGAACACGCGGAGUGUAGACGUGACGUGUACUUGCCGUAUGCACAUCGUAUGGCGCAGGAGAAUAAAUUUGUUGAUGCACAGAAAGCGUAUCACAUGGCGGGUGAAACAGCGACCGCGAUGCGUGUGUUCAGUGUUCUAGUGACGAAUGCAGUCGCCGAGGAGCGGUUCAGCGAUGCGGGCUACUUGCACCACCUGCAAGCCACGCAGUGCCUGGAUUCGGCUGGGACUGAUAACAAUGAGAGAGCUGCAUUGCUGCAUCAGUACGCACAAAACGAUCGUCUCGCACGUAUAUACCACGCGUACGAUGUGGUGCAUCGGUGCGUUCACGAACCUUUCUCCUUGGCGCAACCCGAUGCUUUACUGAACGCGGCUCGAUACGUGCUAGCCCUUCUGGACGGAGAGCCGCCGCCUGGUGUAUCUAUGUUUUGCCUGUAUCUGUGCCUGGCAAAACAAGCUAAGGUCCUCAAUGCCAAUACUCUAGCGCGACAAAUGUUGGACAAAAUAUUAGGACUUCAAGUUCCACAGAAAUUUCAGGAAGGUGUGGAACUGCUGAUGCUGAAGAGCGGCGGCAGCAGCGGGGGCAGCGGCGGCGAGGACGAGGUGGCGCCGCUGUGCUGGCGGUGUCGGCGCCACCUGCCGCCGCUCGCCACUCAGUGCCCGAGGUGUAGGCACGACCUGACGCACUCCCUGGCCACACACGAGGUUCUCCCGCUGGUGCGGUUCGAGCCUGCGGAGGGCAUUUUGCACGAAGAAGCUAUGGAUUUGAUCGAUCGCAUGCCGAUACUAGAAGUUGAGAAGGGAAAAGUUGAAGGUGCUGACAUUUUGCAAAUAGGGGAAGAUAUUGAUUACACAGACCCUUUCCUUGAUAAAGUUGAUGAGGAGGACGAAGGAGUAGUGGUCUGUAGCCGAUUGGCGCUGCUUAGACUGAGCCCCGCCUGUGUGGUGACGGUACAAAGGGCACCAUUGCUGCCAAUUUUCUAUCGGAAUAUGCUGCCUGAGUUGCCCGUUACGCCUUGCCCCGUCUGUCAGAAUCUCUUCUACCUAGAGGACUUUGAGAUACAACUGGUUACGAAGGGCCAAUGCCCGUUCUGUAGACACCAACCUGAAGAUUUGAAGAAGGACGAAGAUACGAGUAGUAGGGAUGAUUCGAUGGUCAACGGAUCUGGGUCUUCUACACCACGCAGCCCAAGCGAGGGACGCAGCACGUGGCGGUAGUUACCGACCUUUAUCAAGUUGAUGGUCCCGUAUGCUUUUGGUUGGCCAAUGCAUCGACAGCUGCAAUGUCUCUACCCACAAAAUAUACAAUUCGGCUCUUAGACUAGGGUAAUUUCAAUAAUCUACACCACAGUGAAAUGUUGCGUCUUAGUUAAGAAAAAAAUAUAGUAUUUUUCAAAAGAUAAUUUUAUCAUUUUAAAAGAAUGACAUUUAAGCCCAAUUGCAUGACAGGCCGUUAAAGUACGUUUAGUGAUCGUUAAACUUUUACUGCCAAAAAAGAUCAAAGUGAGAUGCACAAGUCGGUAAUCAUACCUCCAUGAUUAACGUAGAUGGUAAAAUUCUAGUCUAAACGAACCCGGAUUUGUAGUUUUUAUUUUAUUUUAUUGACAAGAAGAUGCUAGAGGGUGCUCCGAAUGCGCUCAGUGUGAAACAUUACUAAGAGCAGCCGGUUUUCUUCUCUUUGCACUUGUGCUGCCAACUAGCUCUGUUUGUUUGCUCCGAGCAACAGCAUCCGUCACCACGACCUACAAAUCUGUUUAAAAAAAACUCCGAUGCACUCCGAGCCGGUCUAUCUAAACCGGCCCUUAUAUGACUGUGUCCCUAACUAUACUGAUACAAGUACAAAACCCAAGUUAGUUUAUUUUAAAUAAUAGAUCUAUUACUCGGACCCUACGAUACAGAUUAUCAACUUAUCCUGGUCUACUGGUAAAAGUCCAUUUAUAUGUAUAUGGAAAAGUAUAUAAACCUAUGUAUAAUUAAGUUUAAGUUCAAGUGAAUCUGUUUGUUCUCUUGUUUGGUUGUUAAAUCUUUUUCUGUUAAAUAAAUACAUUUUCAUUUUAAUUUUCACUUAUUGUAAAUAUCUUCAUAAAUAAUAUCUAUAGUUUAUAGUGGAGUUUUUUAAAUUUCAUUUCAGGCGUGGUAGUGUUUAAAUCACGUGUUAACUUUUUAACUCAAUUUUAAGCCAGAGACAAAUAUAUAGCGGUAUAGUUUAGUUUUAACGCUAUCUAUCUUAUACGCAUAAUAGUAUCACACGAGAGUUCAAAAACAACGCAUAAUAACUCGUAUUAUUCAACCGUUUCAUAAACUACUAUUUUGAUAUUCUGGCCAUUCAACAAAAACGAAAACAGCGAUUUAUAUUUUUUAUCAUAUCGUUUUAUAGGCGUCGUUUCGCAGAGCUAUAAACGCAAAGUAAAAAAAACAAAUUAAUUGAUCUUUGAUCGUGCUAAUACAACGUAAAACAAUUGUACAGAUGUCAUGCUCCGUAUCCGGAACAAAUAAACAAUGUUCUCAAUAAAAUGUAGAGUAUGAAAAAAUAUUUCGUUGGAGGCUACAUUUUGAGGAGAACUGGGUUCGGAGGCUUGAACCAUUUAUCAUCGUUCAAAGGGGGUUGUUAUUAUUAAAAAACGGGAUUCAAGAGCUGGCAGCUUUUUCGGCUGAAAUACUAAACUGUUAUUAUUACUUUGAAGUUUUAAGGUAGUUGAGUAUGUAUUGAUAUAAUUUAUUUAUAAGUUAACAUUAAUGUGGCAGGAUGAGUGAUAAUAUAUGAUAAGUGAAAAGAAAUCGCAGUAUUUGAAUCACAAAAUAGAACACACAAAAUAAAACAAAGGCUUUUUAUUUAUUGAUCUCAUUUAUCAUAAUUAUAUAUACAAAACAAAUUAGAAUAGACAACCAUAGAUUUAGGCUAAGUCUAUGGGUCUGUGGGCAAGAAUUCAUUUGACAUAGAUUAUAGCUUUCUUCAUAGCGAUUUCAUAAACUUAAGUUUUAUCUGUGUUUCCCAUACAAAAAUACAGAGAAAAGUCAUUUGAAGUAGGAGGUAAAAUACGGAAAAAUGUUUAUGACAUCGGUCCGUGACGACACUGGCCGAGUGCGAGCGAGAUGGCGCAUGUUGUAUUAAGUAGGUACAAUGUACAUGUAAUUCGAUAGUGUUGUACCCGUUUAUCAUCUACCGCCAUGUUGUAAAAUUGAGUCUGCAAAUGGUGUUAAACAAAAUCAAAUGUACAUUAGCUAAAGAGUGUUAGAAUAUGUUCAGGAUUUGUAAUAUAGAUUUGGGUAAUUAUUGUAAAAUUAUAUAAGUAGGUAUGUAUAUUUUGUAUUUGCAACAUUGUAACAUUUUGUGAUAAAACCACCGUCCUAGUAAUAAAUAAAUAAAACGAACAUGGAAACUCGUAAA